CUGAUCGACCCGCCCCUGAAGGCGGACCGAGUUGACUUAAACUCAGGGGCCCGGGAGGCCCAGAGCGUCCUCCCCGCUUACCCGCGCUGGGCUCGGCGCCCGUCGGACCAAAGAAGUAUAAUAAACACUGUGUGAAGGGGGACUGACAUGCUUGGAGGGAAAUGGGAACAUAGUAGUAAAAGACUAACAUUGUACUUAAAACCCUAAAAGAUAAUUUACUGGAUCACAUCAUUAAGAAGUUCAAAUAGUUCAACCUUCAUGUUUGGCUGGAUCCAGUAUCUGAAUAUAAAGAAAGAAAAACUUUAAGACCCUCCAUCUUUGAGCUCUGUUCUUCAGCAUUGACUCCAUUCGCAGGCACACCUUUCUUCCUUGAGUGGCUCUAGCAUCUCCAGAUUCCUGACAUUCAAAACAACUGACUUUUAACACUCUGCUACUACAUCAAAUCAACAAUGAAUUGGAAUGCAAAACCAGAGAAUGUCACCUUACCACCACAUUAUCCUAAAAAGCCGUCAUCUUUUUUGGAGCAGGCUUUAAUAAAUACAUUUAACACAACAUCUCAAAGUUCUUUAAGCUAUCCUGGAAGUAACCAAGAAGCAUGUAUGUUUCUUGGAAAUUCAAAUCCAGUUUCACAGCCACUGCUAAACAUGAGAAAUUAUAUAGCUCCUCAGCAAAUCCCUAUUUCUGAUAUACAUACUGGGACAGUUGUGGCCUCACAAACGUCAGUAGAAAGAAUAACAUAUGCAAAUGUUAAAGGAUCCAAACAACUAAAUCACAAUUUGCAGAUGUCUUCAGGAGUUACCCAAAAUGUAUGGUUGAACUCACCAAUGAAGAAUUCUGUGCAUUCUCAUACAGGGGCAACUGUAUCUCAUCAAACUAGUUUUGGAACUAAUACACCUAAUGUACAUGCACUACAGAAUCAAUUUGUAACUUCAGAUACCUGUUCUGUGCAACUACAAAUGAUCCCCUCCAAUUCUCCAAGAGUUCCUGUAACUUAUCAGUGGACCCCAAGACUUAACCCAUCUGUAUCAGAACGACAGAUUGACUGGGCGCAACAGUAUACAUCCAGUGGACUGACUUAUCCAGAUUACAGACCUCUUCCAAAGCAAUAUAGUUACACAUCACGAAGCUCUUUGCAAGAUCCUUCCCUUCAGAAACAAAACCCUAUGCCAUCUGCAUCAUUGCAAAUUAAAAAUAGUCACCCUCCAGAUCCUCCACAGACUUUACAGUCAAAGCAGACUGCAACUGUACAUUCCUAUCGAUACGCAGUUCCUCACACUGACAAAAGGCCUCCUCCUCCUUAUGACUGUAGAUACGCAAGCCAGCCUUUGCAAAGUACUCAGCAUGUUAUUAAACAGGCUUCUUUGGAAGUUCCUCAGAGUCAAGAAAUGCACUUACCUGAAAUGAGGAAAGACUUUUCUAGAAGUUUUCAACAGCAUUGGCAAAACCUUAAUGAAAAUGUCAGCACAGUUGGAAAUUCCUGUAACUUGAAAGUAAAUAGCAGUGUCAUUCAGCCUUUUAAUGAACCUGUUAGAUCUUCUGUGGAUGGUGUUCAGACUCUUGCUCAAAAUAAUCAAGAGAGGAGAACAGACUCUUGUGAUCUAACUUCAAAUCAAGUAUUGGACACAAGUGUCACAAAAGAAAAGUUAGUGAGGGAUAUUAAAACAUUAGUAGAAAUAAAAAAGAAGUUUUCGGAACUUGCAAGGAAAAUCAAGAUUAAUAAAAAUCUUUUGAUGGCAGCAGGUUGUAUUAAAACAACUGAUACCUCUUAUAGUGAAUUAGCUCCAAAUUCUGGAUUGUCUCUGAAACAAACUGCCCAAAUCCGGUCUGGACCACAGGUAACCCUAGUGACUCCAGAGAAUAAACCACCAACAGUAAUGGAAUCUGCAAAAGAAACAAAUAGAGCAUACAGUACAAUGAAUUCCAACAUUCAGGACCCCAAUUGUGGAAAUUUUAACCAAGUAAAUUCUGUUUUACUAAAUUCUGUCUGUUCAGAAAAGUUUCCAAUGCCAGACCAGUUACAAGAUUUGAAAGUUAGGACUUCUUUAAAGGCAUCGACUGUUGAGAUUACCCAGGCAACCUUAAAUAACACCCAGAUUUCAUCAGGAAAUGUCAAUGUUGAGCUAAAUGUGCCGACAAAUUCUGAAACAACUUACGUUCCUCAGUCUGCGUCCUUUGAGGAAUAUGUUUCAAAAUAUCCAAAUAAAAAUACGCUAAUUCUCAGUUUACUUACGUGUAGAGAUAAACCUCAGGAGAAGUUGUUUAAAAAUGCUUGUGAAACUAUUCAGGGUUCUAAACCACAUAGUUAUGAAGUUAAUCCAAGUACCCAAAUCACUGGUAGCCAGCUAAAUUUGAAAACAGUGGAAGCUCCAAGUACUUGUAACACAAAUGCCAAGAUUUUAGAUAACUCUUUUUGCCUUGAGCAUAAAUCCUCAACAAGUGGAAUGCCUUCUAAAAGUGACAGUCACUUUUCCAUGGAAUUGCUAGCAACAUGUCUUUCUCUGUGGAAAAAGCAACCUUCAGAACCUACCGAAGAAAAACAGUGUAAUGAGUCAAGAAAAAAUAGAACAGCAGUUGGAGUUUCCAAGCCUGUGGAAACCUGUGAUAAGAGUCCAUUUUCAGUUGUGGGAAAUUCUCAGAAUAAGGUGUUAAACAGCUCACAAGAAACAACUUUGUCAAUGGUAGUACAGAAUUCUGAGUCUUCAGGCACAACCAACACAAAAGGAACAGAACUUCAGGUUGCUGUAGUGUCACCACUAAUUCUUUCAGAUGUCAAAACCUUGUCUGUCAAAGGAAUAACACCUGAAGCUUUAUCUGAAACAAUGUAUCCAGUUAUUAAAGAAGGCAGUGUUUGUAGCUUACAGAAUCAGUUGGCAGAAAAUACAAGUAUUACUGCUGCUUUGAAAGCUAAUGUUGAUGAACCAGUAGCAGGUGCUACGACAGACACCAAGAUGUUCUUACCAAUUCAGAAGGAAGAGCAAAAUGUGUCAACUAAUGCAGCAGACACACCUCAUGGCAAUCAAGGAAAGCAUAUCAAAUCAGAACCAGAUACCCAUUAUACUGUGAGUGAACAGCAAGCUUCAUACAAGCCAAGGAAAAGUGAUAUUGCUAGCGGUGAUAUGUUACAUAUUGAGAAUAUUUGUUCUCUUGUUGAAGGUGAUAUGUCUUAUAAUUCCCAAAUAGCGGAGAUAUUCAACUUGCCGCCUUUGAAAAGAGUUGAGCCACAGAAAUCUUCUCUCCCUAAGCAACAGGUGAUUAGUAGUGGACAACAAAAAGAACAUACAGACAAUGUCACUGAAAAUAAAGACUUUGGUUUACAAAGUGAUGAUUUUUUAAAGUGCACAGAUGCUUCACAUAAAAUAACUGACCAGGCAGAAUCACCUCAACCUCCAGAAUCAUCUUUGAAGCAUGUUAAAGCUAAUAGUGGAAUUUUAGAGGAAAGUGAUUUGGAACAUAUCACUAAAAAAGAAAGCAUGGCUAAUGAUAUGUGUUCAUCAGCAGCUAUCCAACAGGGCAGUUGCCCUCAGGAAGCUGAUGCAGUUUGCAAUUACACUGCCCAAGAUCCUACAAGAAAUGAGAUUCUAUAUGAUAAGGCAUCCAUCUUAUACCUACAUGAUCAGCUGUCAGAACUUUUAAAAGAAUUUCCCUAUGGCAUUGAAGCUGUGAACACACAUGAAGGUUCUGUGGCCCAACAAAUAACAAACCAAAUCCCAAAAGGUCAAACUUGUGAUAAAACUGGUUGUGACUCCAAAGACUCAACAGACCAAAUACAAAUUACAAUAUUAAACUCAGAGCAAAUGAAAGAAUUAUUUCCUGAACAUGAAGAUCAACUCUGUGAGGUAGACAAGUUGGGAGAACAUCAGAAAGAAGAACCUGUAAACAAAGAAGGGGGCCAGUGUGACCCACAAACAGAUACAGAUGAAAAGAGUCAUGAUUCUGUAAUGGAUUCAGAGAAAGAUGAUGUCCGUUGCUGUGCACUGGGAUGGCUAUCUAUGGUUUAUGAAGGAGUACCCCAGUGCCCGUGCAAUUCCAUCAAGAAGUCAGCUUCAGAGAAAGAAGGGGAAGAUAAAUGUUCUCCUUUGAAGAUCAACAGUUGUAAACAAGGAGAUAAAACUGAUAGAAAUGCCCCUGUUGAGUGUAAUAGUCCUCUAAAUAACAAUCCAGAGAUUCCUUUGACUUGUCCAGAUACAAAAAAUCAUCUUCCUGAAAUAGAAGAAAGCAAAAGUAUAAAUAAGCCCAAAACAAAACAUCACAAAUCACUGAGGACAGAACAAGAAUUAUCAGGUCAGUUUUUAUCUAAAGGUGAUAAAAAACUAGAUUCCUUGCAAAGUCACAAAAGGAAAGGAAAACUGAAGUUUCAUGAGAUAACUUUUCAUAGCAGUAAUAAAAUGACAAAAUUUUCUCAAGAGAGCCUGCACCAGAAGCUCAUGGCACAAAACUUACGUCCACUAAAACCAAAGGUGGGUUUUUUGACAAAUAAAAAUAAAGAUCUGUGUAUGAAGAAUGGUUCUUUGGUACAGUCAGUAUCCCCAGAGAAAAUAAAAUUGAAAGCAGGUGGCUUGAGACAAAAAGUUUUGGAAAAAAGGAAGUUAGAUGAUGGGGGCAUACUUGAUUCAAAGAUAAAGAGGAAGAAAUAUGAUAAACGAGAGCAUAAUAAAAAUAUGGGAGAUGGUACAUUUAAGUUGUGUAAUUUUUUGUCACUCGCAAAUGAAAGAGCCAGAGUUAAAGAAAAGACAGUAUCAAAUGCUAAGUCCUCAGGCUCCAAGGAUGUUUCAUCCAAAAUGAGUAGAGUUCUGACACCGAAGGAGUAUUUACAAAGGCAGAAGCACAAAGAAGCAAUGGGUAGCAACACAUCAAAGAAAAGCCAUGUGAGAAAUGUAACGUGUGAUUCUCAGUACAUGAAGUCCAGUAAACUUUCCAUGCAAGCAGGGAGUUGUGGGAAAUCAAAUGAGAGACACAAUAGUGUACAGGCUUCUAAAGAAUCAUUAAAUACUUCUUUAAGCCAUGCUAAAAACCUCAAAUUUCACCAUUCUGAGGAAUCUAAAAUGUGUAUUUCAAGGAAUGUUAAAGGGAUAGUUGGUGGAAAGCAACUUGAUAAAAUGUGGAUUGAUAAAACCAGAUUAGACAAAAAUUUGAACAGUACAGACAAUGAAGUUGAACUCGGCCAAAUGUCUCCCCAAUCAAAGGAUCAAAGGAAACUAUAUCUGAACAGAGUUGCAUUUAAAUGCACAGAACGUGAGAGCAUUUGUCUCACAAAAUUAGACAGUUCGCCCAUGAAGCUUAUUAAAGAGAGGAGACCAGAAAAUAAACCUCAGAGCUUCUUACCUGUGAAAGAUGCCACAGAAAGACCAAACAUGCUGGAGUUUAAAUUAUGUCCAGAUGGACUGAUUAAGAAUACAAAUUCUGAUGACAACCGGAAGGAUCUGCAGCCUUGUCCUAGCAAGGAGCAAGCACCUGUGCAAGGCCUAUCUAUAAAGUGAGAUGGCAGCAGGGAAGUAGGCUCUGCGUGGACCUCCCCUCACUUCUGCCUCUGCUGGGUACCCGUGUGCUGUGAGUCAAAGCCAUGCUGAGUUCCAGACAGAGCACGCCAUUCUCCAAGGAACUGAUGAGCUACUUGGAGGCAGGUGAGUACAUUGGACACUUUUCAUCAUGGAAGGAGCAGCAGUUUGUUCUCCUGGGCAUAGAAACAUAUUUCAGAAAUGAAUUAAUCUUUUCCUGCCCCAAGCGCUCCACCAGCACUAAACAGAAGACCAUACUCAUUGCCAUUUAUGUUCCAUACAUAUCACUUCAGACCAAGGAACUUGUUUAUAUGGAAGGACAUAAUAGAAUGGAAUUACACUCAGGAUACACCAACAUUAUCACAAGCUCCAACAACCCAAAAGCAUCUGGCUUGACAAAAUGGUAGAUUGGCCUGCUAAAAAUCCAGUUACUACAUUAGCGGAAAGAAAAUUACCUUACAGGAUUGAGAUGCUGUUUUACAGGAUGAAUAAUUGACUUAAAUCAGUAGACAGCAACUAUACCUUUCCCUCGUAGCUAAAUAUAUGAGCCCAGGAACCAAGGGGUGGAGGUCAGGGAUGGUCCUAUUCAGUCUUUUCCUUGUCUUUUAAAAAUUGAGAUGUGGGGCACCUGGGUGCCUCAGUUUGUUAAGUAUCCAACUUCUGCUCAGGUCAUGAUCUCACUUUCGAGCCCUGCAUUGGGCUCUCUGCUGUCAGCAUGGAGCCUGCUUCAGAUCCUCUGUUCCCUUCUGUCUCUGUCUCUCACCUACUUGUGCUCUCUCUCUCAAACAUAAAUAAAUAUUUAAAUGUAAGUAAAUAAAAAUUGAGGUGUAAUGCACAUUUACAUAGUGUACAAUUAAUUAAUUAUAUUUUUGAGAGAGAGAGAGAGAGAGAACAAGCAGGGGAAAGGGUCAGAGGGAGAGAGAGAGAGAAUCCCAAGCAGGCUUCAUGCCCAGUGCAGAGUCCAACAUGGGACUCGAUCCCACAAGAGUCACUCAACUGACAUUCAACUGACUGAGGCACCCAGGUACGACACCAUGAAGUGAUUUUCUUUAAAAUAUAUUCACAAAGUUGUGCAACCAUCACCACUAUCUGAUUCCAGAACAUUGUCAUUAUCCUUAAAAGAAAGCCUGUACCCUUAGUGGUGUCCCUCCAUUUCCCUUCCUCCAAGCCCUAGGUAAUCACUCAUCUACUUUCUGCCUCUGGGUUUGCCUAUCCUGCAUAUUUCUUAUGAAUGAAAUGAUAUAUAAUAUGUGGCCUUUGUAGCUAGCUCCUUUCCUUUGGUAUGAUGUUUUAAAGGUUCAUUCAUGUAGAAUGUAUCAGUACUUUAUUCCUUUUUAUGGCUAAAUGAUAUUCCAUUGUAUGGCCUUUCACUUUUAUCUGUUUUUUGUUUUUUUUUUUAAGUAAGUUCUAUGCUCACGGGGCUUAAACUCACAACUCUGAGAUCAAAAGUUGCAUUCUCCACCAACUAAGCAAUUAUUUUUCUGAACUAUAGCUCAUUGAUCUCUUGCAUUAGUGGAUUUUAAAAGGAGAAUUCUUUAAAGGAAAAGUGGAAAUUGAGGCUAUUUGCUUUAAUUUUUUGUUCCAGGAUAAUCUUGCCCAGGAAAAUAAAGACUACAUAACUUCACUAUUUGCUUUAGGAUGUGCUUGCCAGUCAGUGUAUCUGGGAAGAUCAUCUGUAGGAACAUUUGCUAUUAAGAUAACAGCUUGCUCACCUGGAAAAAAGCUUGCUUCUCUGACAACAGUUUACUUAUCGAAAAUUACUUUAAAUCCUCACUUUGCUGUCAUAAACUUUGCCAGUUCCAACCAGGUCUCUGUCUAGAAGGAUCUUCUUUAAACCACUAAAGUCUAGACCUUCAAAGCCUUAAUCCUUAACCCUUCCUUAAUCCACCCUCCUCCCCUCCUUCCCAGUCACAAUUGAGUCAAGGUGGCACUGUCCUCUCCUGCAGUAAAUUUAAUAAACUCAACUCUCAACUUUGAGUAGUUUUCUCUGGUGGUCUUAUGCAAAGUUGACAAAAUUUGACAAAAAUGACAAUGACUGGGCAUUUUUUACAAUUUGUAGGUAAACAAAAUUCUCUUGUCAAACAGACUCUAUGAUCUAAUCUUAGUUUCAUAUCUUACUUUCAUUUUUUUCUUAGUUCACUUACCUAUUUUUUUUUAAGUUUAUUUAUUUAUAAUCUCUACACUCAACAUGGGGCUUGAACUCACAACCCCGAGAUCAGGAGUCUCAUACUCUACCAAGCCAGCUAGGUACCCCUAACUGCUCACUUAUUUAAACCAGAUUAAAAUGACAAUACUUGUUUUGAGCCAACCAAAAUAAUAAAGAUCUGUGGACGUUGUUAAAAUCAGAUUUUUAUUUUCCCACGUAAUUAUUAGUAGGCUGUCAAUACAGCGUAAAUAUUUUUAAUCAAUAUUAAGACUUGUAUCUUCUAAGUACAGAAGCUACACAGUUACCUCUGAUUUUGCAUCUACAGUAUAUCUAGUUCCUUUAGCUUAAUGUGGUAAUUUAUGGGAAAUAAAAUGUGGUUGUGUUUGUUACACUUUGAAUCUUCAGAGUGGUGUUUUAAAAUAUUUUUUUAAUGUUUAUUUUUGAGAGAGAGAGUAUGUGAGUGGGGGAAGGGAAGAGAGAGAGACAGACAGACAGACAGACAGAAUCCAAAGCAGGCUUCAGUUUCCAAGCUGUCAGCACGGAGCCCAAUGUGGGGCUCGAACUCACAAACUAGAGAUCAUGAUCUGAGCCAAAGUCAGAUGUUUAACCAACUGAGCCACCCAGGCACCCCAAUAUUGAUUUAUUUUUGAGGGAGAAAGAAUAAGUGAACAGGGGAGGGGCAGAGAAAGAGGGGGACAGAGGAUCCAAAGUGGGCUCCACGCUGACAUCAGAUAGGUUGAUGUGGGGCUCAAACUAACAAACCUCGAGAUCAUGACCUGAGCCAAAGUUGGGUGCUUAACCAACGGAGCCACUCAGGUGCCACAGAGUGAUAUCUUUAGAUAAAAUAUUAGAGUAAAAAUAUUAUCAGCCCUCUGCAUAAGGUCUUCAUUGACUUGGCAUUGCUCCGAAGGUAAUUUCAAUGUUCUUCAUCCAAGUGAAAGGCACUGCAUUGGCUCUUGCUGUAGUGUCAAUUUUCAGGUCUCAACACUCCCCAUCUCUCUCACUGUUUCCCAACACCCAAGGUUCCCUCCUUUCUUUGAACACCCCCAAUUCCUCUGACAUUCAAGGCCAUCACAUUUGCAGUUCUAUUUCCUGGAACAUUCCCCUUGUCUUCAACAUUUCUUUCUGCUCCUCUAGGUCUCAUCUUUUAGAUGUCAACUUAAAUAGCACUUCCUGGGAUGCAUCCCAAGGCAUCCCAGUCUAGAUGGGAUAGUCUUAGUCAUAGUCUUCUUUGCACUCCACCUUUUCCUUCCUAGCGCAAACCUCAGCUGUAAGGAUAUAACCAUUUGCAUGCUUAUUCCAUGUUGUGUCUCCCACUGGGCUCUAAGUUCUCUGAGACACUUUGUUUACUGUACAGCACAGUGCCUUUCUCCUAGGAGUCCCUCCAUAGAUGCUUGUGGAACAGAUGAAUCAAUUUUUAUUUUUAUGUUUUUUAGAGAGAGAGCGCAAGCAAGAGAGGGGCAGAAAGAAGAGAGGGAGAGAGAAUCUUAAGCAGGCUCCACACUGGGCAUGGGAGAGAAACAAUAAACUCUCAGAGCUUGAUCUCAUGACCAUGAGAUCAUGACCCAAGCUGAAAUCAAGAGUUGAAUGCUUGGGUGCCUGGGUGGCUCAGUUGGUUGAGCAUCCGACUUCAGCUCAGGUCAUGAUCUCAUGGUUUGUGGGUUCAAGCCCCGCAUCGGGUUCUCUGCUGUCAGCGAGGAGCCCACUUCAGAUCCUCUCUCCCCCCCUACCCCCUCUGCCCCUCCCCCACUGGUGUCUUCUCUCUCAAAAAUAAAUACAAUAUUAAAAAAAAAAAAAGAGUUGAAUGCUCAACUAACUGUGCCACCCAGGCGCCCUGGUGAAUCAAUUUUUAAAACUCACUUUUCUACAUAAUUAUUCUUUCACUAUAGGAAAGUAUGCUAAGUAAAAUAAUUUUUUUUUUUGCUAAGUUGUUUUUUUUUUUUGCUAAAUUUUAGGCAAAUUACAGUUACAACUUAGCUAUGACUAUAUUAGGUAGAAUGACUUGAAGGAGUUCCACUUUUGUGGACCUUACAUACAAGAUCAAAGUCUGGAAGUCCCGCUGGGUGAGAAGAUUGAGUGGCUUCCUGUUUUCUUGGGUUAUCACUUUUGGUGACUUGCUCCCCUAACCAAUGUCCUCUAGUUCCUGGCUGCCUGCUCAUGGUAAGAGUCCAGUACUUCACCAGUUAGAACCUUCAUGAAGUAAGGGAGGCUUAUCAGUUUGAGCAUGCUGGUGCCAAGACUCCCAGAAGUAGGAAUAAAACAACCAAGAUUUAAGUUUCUGCAGCAUCUGGAGAUAUAAGUUCUCUUCCUUCAGUUUCUUCAACUAUUAAAAAAAAAAAAAAAACCAAAACGACAGAUUUAACUCCAUAAGUUUUAAAGUUUUUUUUUUUUUUAUUCCCUGAUUCUAAAGAGAGUAAGUCUAUAGAGGCAAAUUGGGAAAAUUCAAAAGAAAUUUAAAAUGACCUCAAAUCCCACUAUCUAUAGGUGACAAUGAUCAAUUCUUGGGUUAUUUCAAAUAGCUUGUGUGUAGGGCUACUUCCAGAGCUCUAAGAUGCAGUUUUGGGCUCAGUGAACAUCCUUAUAAGUUUACUUCACUCCAGUCUCAGUGGCUUUUUUGUAGCUCCUUGAAUGUUAGAAAUACUCUACCCCAGGGCCUUUGUACUUACUGUUCUUUCUGCCUGGAAAAAUAUCUCCUCAGAUAGCUACAUGGUACAUUCCCCGACCCUCUUUGUAUAGGCACUCAGAUGUCACUGUGAUAGUUAAAAUUUAUGUCAGUUUGAUUAGAUCAUGGGAUGCUCAGAUAUCUGAUUAAACUAUUUUUGGGUAUGUCUGUGAGGGUGUUUCCAGGAGAGAUUAGCAUUUGAAUUGGGGAACUGAGUAAAGUGGUUUGCCCUUCUCAGUGUAGGUGAGUAUUAUCUAAUCUGUGAAGGGCCUUAUUAAAACAAAAAGUAGAAGGAAAGUUGAAUUAGCUUUCUGCCUGACUUCAUGAGCCGGGACAUUGAUCUCCUGCCUCUGCUGCUCCUUAGUUCUCAGGUCUUCAGACUUGGACUGGAAUCUACCAUCAUGUGUUGGCUGUCAGGCUAUAGAGCUGUACCAUUAGCUUUUGUGCAUCUCCAGAUUGUACACAUCAGAUCUUGGGACUUCUUGGCCUCCACAAUCAUAUGAGCUAAUUAAUACCGUAUAAUAAAUCUCUCUCUCAUUCUCUCUCUCUUCCUAUCCAUCCAUCCAUCCAUCCAUCCAUCCAUCCUGCUUCUGUUUCUCUGGAAAACCCUGACUAUUACAGUCACUUUUCAGGGACACUUUCCUAGGCCACACUAUCCAAAGUACACCCUCAUCCUUGGGGCUCAUUCAUUUUUCCUCCUAGUAUCUAUCACAGUGUUUUGUUAUAUGAUAUGUUUAUUAGCUUAUUGUUUCUCUCCCUGCUAGAAUUUAAAUCUCUGCAAACAGGGCUUUGCCUUGUUUCUUGGUGCCUAUUUUUAUUUCUUUAACAAAAACUUAUAUACCAUUUUCUAUAUGCUAGGAAAUGAGUGCUUUAAAAUGCACUACCAUGAGUGCUUUAAAAAUAUGAACUCAUUUUGUCCUCAUAAUAAUGUUCUGGGGUAGGUACUUCUCACUAUUCUCCUUUUAUAGAUGGAGAAAUGGAAGCACAGAUUAGUAAAGUACAUAGUCCAAGGUCACACGACUAGUAAGUGGCAGAACUGAGAUUUGAACUGAUUAAGUCUGAUUCUAGAGUCUGUACUUUUGACCAUGAUUGUAUGCUAUGUAGAACAGUGCCAGGCAUUAUAGUAGGUAUUCAAUAAAUGCUAGUUGGAUGAAAAAUGCUUUCCUAUGAUUUUUCUUUGCACAGGUUCAGGCUAGUAUUUUGUUUCAAGGCAAAAACUGCAUCUCUGAAUUCUGUAUUUCAAGGGCCAACAUUGUCUCUCUCAGAUAGUCACAACCUGACUAUCAGCUAGUUGGAAGGUCAGGAUGAAAUCACUGCUCUCUGAUUCUAAAUCCUAGUGUAUUCUUUGACUCCUACUAAAUCUGGGAUCACAGACCAUUGGUGGGGGCAUCAUUCUAGCAUAUGAAUCAGAUCAAAAGAUUUGGAAAAAAAAGUUUAAAUUUUCUCUUCUGAAGGUAAAUAAAUAUAAAAUGAAAACAAGCAGGAGUGAAUGUUGGCACACAAUGCAAACCAACACAAAAAUUUAAAGUAAAACUGGAACAUAUAAAACAACGUUUUGCCUGGGGUGCUCCCCGUUAGCAAUACUCCUGCCAGUCAAGAGAAGCACAUUUACUGUCCUAGAAGUAAGACCCUAAGGAGAAGGUACUUCACUGGGAAUUCUGGAAGGUGGAGGACCCACAGGGGACAGCCAGGGAGAAAACAAGAAAGAAUAAACCUGAGCCACAAAACCAAGAGUUUGGGCUGUUACAGUUCACAGUGUGAGUCUUACCUUGUUCUGCUUCCCCAGUGGCGGCAAUGGAGAGGACAUUGUAAACACUCAACCAAACGGUUGGCCCGUUUUGGAUGAUUUCACACUUACAGAAAAUGAAAAAUAUGUGGCUUUUACAUUCCCUGUCCUUUCCCUAUUCCCUUCUUUCAGUUUUCUACCAAAUCACUGGGAAUCUUUUAUUAGUGAGCUGUACUCACUUUAUAGCUUGAUUUUGUUUACCCUGGGGCCAAGGACAAUUCCAUUUGUUUAAAGAGGCAGAAGAUAAGAAAAUGUAAGUGACUCCUUGUACUUGAGCCUGGCAUGAAGUCUAGACAGUGGAGCAAAUUUCAGGGUUAAGGGCCUUCAGGAGGGUGGCAUUAAUAAAUACUUUACUCAAAUUACUAAAUGCUAAAGCCAACAACAUUUUAAAAUUUUAGUUAGGUAACUACCUGCUCUCUCUGUCUUGCAAAUGUUUUAGACAGGUGUUAAGGAAGAGCCCUACUGGCUCAAACCAAGACUCUUCUUGAGUUAAUUGCAUGAAAUUGAAGAAAAUUGAAAGAUACUGUCGCACAGUGUGAUUUCUUGUUUUUUUCCCCUCAUAUUUAUACCCAUAUUUUGUGAAACAUUCCAUUGCGCAGUAAGAUUCCCACAGAAAACUUGUCUUAUAAUCCUUAGUUACAGAUGAGGACUCUUGAGAUGACGAGGGGGUGUGUAAUUUGUCCCGAAAACACACGGAUGGCAAAUGGAAGCAACAGAACGUGAACACGGGCAUCAAGAUGAACACUGCCCUACACUGCUGCUUUGUAUUUUCGAGUCAUGAGUAAAGAUAGAUGCCUCCUAACUUGAUUAACUUUUUACUCUUUACUCCUUUUUUUUACUCUUCUCUUUUUUACUCUUCUACUCUUUUUUACUCUUCUUCUUUUUACUCUUCUACUUCUUCUUCUUCUUCUUUUUUUUAACGUUUAUAUUUGAGAGAGAAACAGAACGCAAGUGGCAGAUGGGCAGGGAGAGGAAGACAGAAUCCAAAGCGGGCUCCAGGCUCCCAGCUGUCAGCACAGAGCAGGACAUGGGGCUGGAACUCAUGAACUACGAGAUCAUGAACCUGAGCUGAAGUUGGAUGCCCCAUUCUUCAGCAAUUUUAUACUGAGGAAGGAUUCAAAAGAGAGGCAAGAAUGUUCUAAUUCCAUAAGCUUCAUUGUUAUGUCUCCUGGAAAAAAGUUCCUUUUCAUCCGAAUAUGGCUUUUGAUUUCUUUUCCCCGUCUUUGUGAGUCAGUUUACUCUUGAUGUUAAAAAAUAUUUUAUUCAUAUAAUUUUACAAAAGAAAAUAAAAGAGUAACUAUAUUGCCAGAAACAUUUCUGAAAAGUCUUAUAAACUGAUUUUAAAACAAAACAAAAUCCUUUAAUUUUAUUAUGGGUUUUCAGAAUAUAUUUCAGCAAGGAUUGCAUUCAUGAGCCAACCAAGAAGUAAUUUGGAGCUGUGAUAAAAAUGAUAAAAAUACCUGUGCUCAAAAACUGCUUGGGAAUUGAAAGGUAAUCUCAGAGGACUAGGCUUUCAUAUGCUAAAUAGAACAGGAGGAACAACGCAAAUGUUCUUCAUCUGGUGAAUAGACAAAGCAAAACAAACAACUUGUGGUAAAUUUGUACUAUGGAAUGUUAUUCAUCAGUAAAAA